GUGAAGCAUUUGUGAAAAACUAGUUCCACUUCCCUCUUUAUUAACCAUCUCUCUGUCAGAGGAAGUGGGCGUAUCUGCCACAUUCAGAAGUUCAUGUUGAAGACAUGACCAUGAGAAACUCAGAACUCAUCUGAACACACAUCGAGAGCUUCAGAAGAACUGAAUCUAUAACAACAGAGAAGAUCAUUGAAUAAGAGAGAAGAAUGAAGAUCAUCUGGACUUUCACUCUGCUGAUGAUUCCUGGUGUGUUGAGCUCCAUCAGUGUGAUAGGAUAUUCAGGAGGAGGAGUCAGCAUCACAUGCAAAUAUAAUGAAAGAUAUACAGCAUAUAUAAAGUAUUUUUGUAAAGGACAGUGGUCUGAGUGCACAGACCAAAUUAAGACUGAAGAGAAAAACAAAUGGGUUGAUUCUGGAAGAUUCUCUCUGUAUGACGACACAAGAGCAGCAGUUUUCACUGUGACCUUCAGAGAUCUGAGUGAACGGGAUUCUGACAUUUAUUACUGUGGAACUCAAAGAACUGGAAAAGAUUUAUACACUGAAGUGAAUCUGAAAGUUUUAACAGGUCAAAAGAUCAGUGCUGUGACGGGAUAUUUAGGAGGAAAUGUCAUUAUAAACUACAAAUAUGAGAUGAAACAUAAUAACCAUGAGAAAUACAUCUGUAAAACUGGAGCAGAUCAGUGUUUUUCUCUAAUAAACACAGACAGAGCAGCAGAAUGGACACAUGACCGAUUCUCUGUUCAUGACGACAGAUCUGCUCGUCUCUUACGUGUGUUUAUCAGAGAACUGAAUGUGAACGAUUCUGGAGAAUAUAAGAUUAUAGUCAAAGUUUCUAAAGACUACAGUUUCUUCUCUGAGUUUCACCUGAACAUCAGAGACGCUGAUUGUUGUGAGAAGAGCAUCAGUCUAUCAGCUGCUGCAGGAGCUUCUGUGAACAUCAGCUGCAAAUACCCACAAUCCCACAGUGCUGAUGUGAAGUUUGUCUGCAGGAGAUCUGGAUCUGAUCUCUGUGCUGAAGAGACAUCUGUGGAGGAGAGCAGAAGAUGGAGCGCUGAGGGACAGAUCCAGCUGUAUGAUGACAGAGAGCAGCAGCUCCUGACGGGAACCAUCAGUCAUGUGACUCGACAACAUUCAGCUGAAUACUGGUGUGGAGUUCAGUCUGAUCAAGGACACAAGAGCUUCAUCACACGAGUCCUCGUCAGCGUUACAGAGGCAAACACUCACAGAAUAUCUACAUUGUCAUCAUCAUCAUUAUCACCAUCAUCUUUCUCAUCAGCAGAACCUCCACUGAUCUCAUCUGUGUCUCAUGUAACAGGCUCUUCUCUGAUCAUCAGUGUGUCUCUGCUUCUUCUUCUGAUCUUCACUGUGAUUCUGUCAGUGAUCAUCACUCUCUGGAGGAGGCGUCAAUCUCACAAAGCUCAUUCCUCAUCCAGAAGAUCUCACAUGACACCAGCAAACAGUGACGCGGUUUCUCAUUAUCAUUGUGAUUACGAGGAGACAGAAGACAAUCACAGACAAUUACCCACAAACCCCUCCGAUCCUACAAAUGCAAUCUAUGCUUCUCCAGGAUUACCCAUAAACCCCUCUGAUUCUACUAAUACAAUCUAUGCUACUCCAGGAUUACCCAUAAACUCCUCUGAUCCAACAAAUACAAUCUAUGCUACUCCAGGAUUACCCAUAAACCCCUCUGAUCCUACAAAUACAAUAUAUGCUACUCCAGGAUUACCCAUAAACCCCUCUGAUUCUACUAAUACAAUCUAUGCUACUCCAGGAUUACCCAUAAACUCCUCUGAUUCAACAAAUACAAUCUAUGCUACUCCAGGAUUACCCAUAAACCCCUCUGAUCCUACAAAUACAAUCUAUGCUACUCCAGGAUUACCCACAAACCCCUCUGAUUCUACUGACACAAUAUAUGCUAAUCCAGGAUUACCCAUAAACCCCUCUAAAUCUACUAACACAAUAUAUGCUAAUCCAGGAUUACUAAUCUACUAAUACAAUAUAUGCUACUCCAUAAUAACCCAUAAACCCCUCUGGUUCUACUAACAGAGUUUACAAUACACGGUAACAUCACAGAAGUCCACAUGUAUUUCAGUCAUGUAUUUACUGAGGGUCUGAAUGACACAGACGGUCCUGAUAAUGUUCCUUCAACAAUUAUCUGUAUUCACAUUAAUGUCUAUUAUAUCAUGCAGUUAUGAGCCAGUGAAUACAUGUUAGUUAUUGACUGUUUCAGUUUAUUUGCUCAGUAAACACAACCGUUGCACCUGCUG